CAUCUUUCAAUUUCUAUAUUCAAAAAGCAUGGCAAGGCGCCCUCGGCAACUCACCGCGUAUUCUCAUCCCCAAACUUUGUCCAAUGUUUUUAUCCUGUCCUAGGAUAUAUCUCUGGCUGAAACCUUCACAAUCCUGUCAAAUUGAUAUUCUUAUCGCAUUUUGCAGUGUCGAUUCCCCUGUCACUCCCACUGUCACUCCCCUUUACACUCCCCUUUACACUCUCAUAGGUAUCUGAAGGAGCCACAUUUUCGUUCGAAAGUGUGACGAGCCUUGAGAGGAUAUCAAUAGUUACAUAAAAGGUGACUCCUUUUAAGUUUACUCACCGACCUGUCUCAAUCGUUUCGUGACAAGUGUUCAUUUCCCUCUGUUUAAACCGCUGCUCGGUCAUCAGCUUAAGUACAAUCUGAUACCAAUCACGUUAGGUGAUGAUUUCCUUUCUCUUAACUGCAGCAAGUUUGUCAGCCACCCCCGUCGAAAGGAAAUGGACUCCAAUAGAGGACUUAAUAAUCCUCUCAAGACACCAUCUAGCUUGCGAGCAGGGGGGACUCAUCAUAACCCAACUCCGCUAUCUACCGAAGAUGAUGAGAUCCCCCUCGAUUGUAGUAGUGAGGAAUCGCAGUCGUCGUCUGAUAUUUCUAUGUCCGACUCUGACAGCGACGGCGAGUACAACCCUUUAAUUUCGACUGGUAACGAGCAUCUUCCGAUCCAACCGUUAUUGUCCGUCCAGCAAGAUCCAGUCAUCUCCAAGAAACGCAAAUCGGUUGAACGCAUUAAUAUACCGAGCUGCACGGUGAUUUCAACUAAAAAGGUGAAGCUAAAUAGAGAGGGCUAUGAACAGCCGCGAUCUACAGCUACGUAUCCUUCAGACAAAUCUCUACUCCCUGCUGAGAUUUGGCAUCGUAUCUUUUCUUUUACGCCUCCUAGGGCGCUAGGUAAUUUGUUGUGUACCAACAAAUUGUUUAACGCUUACCUGGACCCUUCGUCUCGCUACCAGUGUAAACCCCCAUCAUCCAACUCCUAUACUUCUGUCUCGCCUUUAAAGCCUGAUGCCAUAUGGCAAUUUUCAAGGAGGCGCUUCUGGCCCAGGAUGCCAGCGCCACUGAAGGAGAAGACAGAGCUUGAUAUGUGGCGCCUUGCUUGUGGAAAGAUGUGCCAGUAUUGUGACAAAGCAGGUUCUGUCUCAUCAGACUUGCCUGAUAGCCCACACCGUGAUGGCAGUCAGCCUGUUUGGGCAUUUGCGCUUCAUAGCUGUGGGCCUUGUCUUAUAGAGAAGACGACUAAGGAAAUCGACUUGCUACUUUCUUCCUCGAUACCCUCCUUAUUAAUAUCAGCGCUGCCUUUCGUGCUAGUCACCAAUAAGAUGCACAUUGUAUCACCAGAUGCACUCCAGAAAGGCUUAGUCCUACCAGAUUUGCAAGUCACAAAGAUAUACCUCCCCGAGCAAGUAGAAAGAUUGAAAUGUGAGUUCCUAUCCGUCAAAUCGAUGGGCGGAGCAACAGCCGAGGAAUGGUUGAAAGGUUUGGAGGCCCGAGGAAAGGAGCUUUUCAACGACCUAAUGAGAUGGGAGAAAUGGAUGUCGACCGGGGGAGUUACUCAGAUGCAAACUCAGCUCACCCCUGAUAGCAUUCAAGGCAUUGCUAUCUCAAAUAGUAAGGGUUCGGCCUCACUAGACGUCGUACCUUCAGCUCCUAGAUCGCACUCAAGUCCAACCAAUACUCCUAGGCAACACACGCCCGAUUUAUGUCAUGUUGCUCCUAUCUUAACAACAUCUCAGCCCACAUACACCUCUCUUGAAACUUCCAUCCUAGAAAAUAAUUCCGUGGCUUGGGUACAAACCUCGACCCAACUCAGCAAUCAGUCCAAUGCCCCCCGUACCCGAACUCGCGAGGAGGCCCUGGAGCUUAAGGCUAUUCGCCGCGCAGAAAUUGAACGCCGUGCGAUGGAGCUUAAUCCACCAUUGCCAGCAAAUAUAUUAAUACACAUCCCUUCCUUCCAGGCUGCCAUCCAAAUCAUCUCACCUCUCGAUGACAACGCAUGGGAGAUGCUCAAACCUCGCUUGCUUGCCCAGAGGACAGAUGCGGAAGUGCUCGAGAAACGUGAAGACAGUGCUCCCCAGUCUCGUAUUGCCCCCGAACGGUCCGAGGGUCGCCGCCACACGGAGGAGAAUAGUAUAGCUGCUAAACAGCUUAUCGACAAGGCUUGGGAUGAUAUUCAAACGCCGUUACGUGCACGGAUUUCUGCAUAUGCAGAUGAGGUCAUCCAGGGUAGCUGGGAUGAUGGGCGUAAGGUUGAUACGGAGAAUAGCCCGCAAUUUGCAGUAGAGGUUCUUCUGCAUGUCCGUAUGAGAUUUUAUGCGGAAAUUGCAAAGGAGUCUUCCGAGAUACGUGCUGCCGGAAAAAUACCAGUCGAGGAUCCUGCAGAAGGACCAUUUACGCAAAAGCUCACCCUUGAAAACAUGAAGUGGCUAUUUGAUGUAAAGAUCAAGACUCACACAGAGUCUCAUAGAAAAGAACUUUUCUUUUGUAACGGCUGCGAUGUCAACUUCAAGGCUUUUGGUUUCGAAGGGGUUAUCCAACACUAUGCUGCCAAGCACAGCAAUUCUCUCAGCUUAGGGAGCGUUGUUGUCCAUUGGAGAGCCGAAUGGCCAGAGACUCCGCCAUUCAGACCAGAUCCGCCCCAACAACCACCAUCCAGGUCGUCAUAUGGGUCUUUACAGCCUCCAAAUCAUGCUAGUAUCCAUCACCACAACGCCAGCAUCUACCCCGCAGCCCCAAAUCCGACAUCAUUCCAACAAUCCCCGUACUUCAGUAUCCCUCCGCCGGGUUAUGGGCAUCCAAUGUAUGGAUCUACAGCACAACAGCUAGUUCUACACAAGCAGGGAAAUGCCCACAUCGCAGGGCAGCAUGACUAUAGCUCUUCGUAUCCACCUCAUCCAUCUCCAUAUGAUCCGCGUACAGCAGUUUACUCCAACUCAGAAGUAUCCUUUUCUUCUUCAAUCCAUGGUGGGCCCGCGGCGUUUCCCCCCACGGACUCAUAUUAUGGCCAUAAUUUCAAUUCGUCAUCAAACAAUCCUGAAGUAAACUUCCAAACUUCCCACAGCAACUCCUUUACUAGCAAAUACCCCACCCAACUUGGAUACCUGGCACGAAGUUCGCGUGAGCUAUGGACCUCCACAGCUGGCCUAAAAGAACUUCCAGGUGCGAUCCGAGUGUGCGUUGUCAUCUAUCACGUUGUACAAAGAUUCCGAUCUAGAUUUUUCGAAAGCCCACCCUUAACUAUGUUUAUUGAUGGUCUCUCGAAUAAUAAGGAAAUGCGUCCAGUACGCAAUGUCAACGGUCUUAUGUGCAAGGCGUGCUGUCUUGGUAUUGGGGGCGAGCCGUGGGCGGAUAAGGGCAGCAGAACAUUUUCUUUGCCGCAAUUAGUGAACCAUUUCCAGCAAGCACACGUAGAUCAACCUCGAACGCCUGCCUCACCCUCCCUCGACUGGACAAACAAUAUGGUGCAUACACCAGACCUAUCUAUUUUGUCUCGCCUCCGCAAUUUAGCGAAUAUGGAUAGCCAGAAAUUUCUACUCGUUUCAAAUGCUUUCCCACCAGCACCGCAUGUCGAUGAUUUCUUACAAGACAUGACUAGCGCUACAUUUCAGAGAAUCGAGCCCGAUCCCGUAGCCAAUUAUGCUAAUCAAAGCUCUACUUAUAGCACCUUCACCCCUCAACUUUCUUCUGAUCAUGAGCAUUCAUCGUUACGUAUCGUAGUUAGGCAUGACUCAGCUACUCCCCACGGGCAAGAUCCAACACGAGCAAGCAUACCAGGUCAAAAACCACGCCCCGAUCAGACCAAUUCAUUGAUUACUUCUAAGUUGAUAGCUCAUCAAGGGCCCCAACAGGACGACUCGGGUCGGGAAUUAUCCGAAACGUGGCAGGGUUCUGGCGGGGCAAGAUCGAGAAAACAGAAGGGGAACCACUCCAGAGAUCACCGAAGUACUCCAAGUCAGGGCUUCAUGGGCCGCAAGAACGGCCUAGCAGCUGGGUCAACUAAAGCUAAAUCCCAAGAGCCUAAUGAAGGAGAUCUGGUGGCAGAAGAAAAUCGCCGCCAGGAGGAGGAGAUUCGAGCUAUGUGGGCUGCAGAUCGUAGAGAAACGGCCCGUCUUGCUUCCCUAAAUCAGCACUUAAUCAAAGCGGAAGAGCCUCCUUUUUCGAUAGCGGCCUUUGAAACAGAACAUCCUGGAAGUUCCUAUAUCCAGACGACUCGAGUUAUUAGAUCCCCGACGCACAACCAAAGCCAUCGACAACCAGAAACUGCCCAAGAAUGGGAGGAGGAUGACCUGAUGGCCGGCCUUGAAAGUCAACUAAAUCGGCAGCAAGUAUCAUCUAAAUAUAUUGACUAUCGACCGAAACCUACUCGUGGCGUUAAUCAUGAAGAUCAUUCCUAUGAACGAUAUGUUAGCCCUCAACAUCCCAGUCAUGGCGAGAAGCUAUCUUAUGAUCAAAUUCGCCUGGAGUCUCCCGUAUAUGUUCGGCACAGAACCGAGCACUAUUUUGACCAGUAUGGAGAAAAAUGCCCCAGCUCUCAUCCUGACCCAUCAGCACGAACUAUUUCAAUUAGGACGUAUGAUCAACCACCACACCAGGAAUACUAUCAGGAAUAUACCGAUGAUCGCCGAAAGUGCCGACCUACUCCCGAAUCUGCUGAAACUUAUGAACUCAUCCGGAUGCGAGAUUCUCGAGGCGAGUACUUUAUUAGGCGGCCGGUCAAACUUGAGCGUCAGCCUGUUUACCAGGAUGGCCAUGCAUCGUACGGAGACUCCGCGCUCCAGUACAAGCCGCACGAGAAUGGUGCGUACUCUAGCGGGCAACUAGAGCAUGGGCCUACAUCGGGAAUCGAAGCUCAUAUGGAACAACUUCGUGAAAACGGCGCUCGACCGGCGGACCUGGGUAAGAGGCCUCAUGAAUCACUCCCAAGAGAUAGCCUUGUCAGCUACGAAGACUACGACCCGAGGUAUCCAGCCGCUCCGCCAAACUUGAGCAUUGGGCAGCAAGUCCGAUACCGAUAGCAUGAUGUUUAACGAGAAAGGUUAUAUAUAAAGGUUUAACACAUGGUUCAGUACGAUAAAACAUGGGUACGCACAUACAUAUUUUAAUACGACGACCACUCUUAUGUUACGCUGUGCC